AUGUCCCCCGCGCCUCUCGCGCCCCGAGGGGAAGCCUCCUUCGACCUCUACCCCUACAACCCCUCCGCCGCCGCGGGCUGGACCUUCGUCGUGAUCUUCGCCCUCGGCGCCGCGGUCCACCUCUUCCUAAUCUUCCGACUCCGCGCGUGGUUCUUCAUCCCGUUCCUGCUAGGGUGCAUCGGCGAAGCAUUCGGCUACUACGGCCGCGCGUGGUCGCACAAUCACAUCCGCAACGGUAGCCCCUACCUGCUGCAGCUGAUGCUGAUCCUGGGGUCGGCGCCGCUGCUCUCGGCCAGCGUCUACAUGACGCUGGGGCGGGUGGUGCGGGCCCUGCAUGCCCAGUCGGCGACGGUCAUCCGGUCGACGUGGAUGACCAAGAUCUACGUGCUGAUCGACAUCGGCAGCUUCGUGUGCCAGAUGAUGGGGUCGGCGAUGCAGGCCAGCGGCGAUGCGAGCGGGGUACGUACAGGCCAGCGCGUGGUCAUCGGGGGCUUGGGGGUGCAGCUCGUCGCCUUGGGGUGGUUUCUCGUUGAGGCUGGCGCGGUGCAUCGUCGGCUUAAUACGAGGCCGCCGUCGGCCGCGGCGCGCGAUCCCGCCGUGCCGUGGUCGCGCACGCUGUGGACGCUGCAUGCGGUCACGGCGUUGAUCACGGUGCGCAGUGUCUAUCGGCUUGUGGAGUUUUUGGCGGGCACGGACAGUGUGUUGGCUAAGAAGGAGGCGAUUUUGUAUGUCUUUGAUGCGUCGUUGUUGGCUAUUGCCGUGUUUGCGUUUGCGGCGGUGCAUCCGGGGAGGAUGUUGCGGGCGGUGAGGAGGAUGGGGCAUGGUGGGUUGUCUGAUGGGGUGGUUAUGUUGGACUAG